AUGGCCGAGUUGUAUGUACUGGAUCCUGACGGCGAUCUCAUCGUUACACACCGUGCUUCGAGAGGUCCGUUCGCGCCCUGGAACCGCAGCGAAGGACCGUCGGACAUCCAAGAUGGCGAACCAUUACCUCCACCUGAAUUAUGGUUCAAAGUCUCUUCGAAACACUUGGCUCUGGCUUCUCCGCGCUUUAAGAAGAUGCUGGCAGGACCCUAUAAAGAAGCAAACCUCCCUUGCCCUGAAGUGACCAUAGAGGAGUUCGAUUCGGAGGCCCUCAAGAUCCUGCUCAAUAUCAUUCAUGGGAAAAACAGCAAGGUUCCCCGAUCCCUCAGCCUCUAG